AAGGGUUGUUAUAUGUCAUAUAUUGUGAGAUAUAACCUCAGAUAAAAGUUCAAAAAGUGUGAAAAGAAACACACACUCUCUUCAUGUGCAAUUUCAAUGUCAUUUCAUUGUCAAGCCUACGUUUAUUUUAAUUGGAGUCUUUAGAAAAGCUUUUGUUGAAGUGUUCUAUUAGUUUGGUGCAUGGGAACAGUGCAAAUAGAGUUGCCAACUGUGAUGUAUAUAUAGUUUGUGAAUUUUAGAAGGGAAACUAGUUGCGUCUCGAAAAAUAAAAGGAUUGGAAGAAACUUUAGUGUUUCAAAAUAAAAUACGAGGGGUUUCCACAAAGUGCGUUCGUGAACUUGUUGUUGUUGUUUAUGUUAUUUGCUAAAUCACAUAUUUUCUUUACCCUCGUUGUAAAAGAUUGAUAGAGGCAAAUCUAACAAAGCAGAUGGUUUAGGUCUAGGUCAUAUUGUGAAAGGACUUUCUUGAAUUAUUUGUUGUAAUGACUUUGUGAAAAAUUUGAAGAUACCAUUGCGGCCAGAAUAUUUCGAUAUAAUUAAAGAACAAUAUGGGUCAGAAAUCAUGUACUAAGGAGUGCGGCUGCAUGUUAACGUUUUCAGCGUGGGAGAGGGUUUUUGUGAGGGUAGUGAUCUUGAGAGCUAUAAUGAUCACGCAUAUCGCACUGUCGACAUGGAGGGUUGCCGAUGUAAUGCAAAAUAACGCAUUCUGGUUUCUGGCACUCAUGUGCGUCAUUGUUCUUAUAAAAGAUGGUCUUGAACUACGCAAGAACUGUGAAAAGCAAUGUCAAAAUAAAGGAUGUAAGAAACAAUGCGAACCACCAGUCGAAUAUAAUGACACAACUUCAAAAUGGCGUUCUACACUGAUUGUCUAUGUUGUGUGUAUGGUGCCCAUAGUAUGGAUACUUACGUAUCAUCUGCACAGCUCGGCGUCCACAUUAACACCAUCAGGAAAUGCUAGUACUUUAGUCACUACCACACAGGAGAGUAUUAUUUUGGGACUUGAAAAACUUGAAGACAGGACAUGGAUUUGGGUAGUUAUAAACAGCAUGAUGUACAUUCUUCUUUUUACCCGGUGUCUGUAUGAUGGAUCGUCAGAUGACAGCAAACUUUCAGAAAAUCUACUUGGAUUUCUCGGAACUGCUUCAGAUAUCAUGGACCUGUUUUCUUUGUUCGAAGAAGAAGAGAUUCUACAAAGUCAGCUAUUAACGUACUUAAUACUUUUUGCUUGGACAUUGAGCCUUUUUCAGUUUGCACCAAUACUAAGUAAUUUCGAUUGUUUUAAAAGAAGAAAACCAUAUGGGGAGCAAAAUACAACAGAUGCUUCCGAGGUAAGCAAUGCCAAAAUUUUAUUGGUUAUAGCCGUACAGGAUGGACCAUUUAUUAUUGUACGUGUUCUUAUUAUGGUUGUUCUCAUGAAAGCGAUGUCCAAUUUGGUCUUCUUUAUUAUCAAAAACAUCGUAACUCUUAUUCUCGCCGAUUACAAAACUAUGGAUCAAUAUUUUAAAAAGAAGCCGCCGAAAAGGAACUAUUUGUUAUAGCUGGAAUUAAAAUUAGGCGCUAGCUGAGUUGAAUGAAAACCUGCAAAUAUCCGGAGUCGAAUACAACAUUCAUUAUCAAAAUAAAUCAGAAGUAUCCCUGUUAUUAUAAACAUAACUGGUUUAAAAAAAACAUUGUUAAAUAAAAAAGUGUGUGUUUUUCCUGACGUCAUUUCAAAAUUGAGCAAUUCUACAUAUGACCUAUGAGUGGAGUGAAAUACAGCCGUAUUGUGAUAUGUGGAAUACGGUUUAGUCCUUUGUCUACUUGCAGAAUCCUGAUGCACAAACACAUGUAAGAAAAAUUAUAUUUUUGAAUUACAUUCUUAUUCUACGUUGAGAGACUGCAAACAUCUAAUAUCAAUGUCCUGUAUGAUGGAUGAAACUGAGAUUCAAAGUAUUCACCCAACAACAGUCGUAUUACUUAUCUUUUGGACAAGGAUCUUCAUGCAGUUUGUACAAGUUUUCGACAAGUAACAUACUUCUGUAAGCAAGCUUCAGCAAGUCAUGAAAGCAAGAAACCACACGCUCUGAAAUCAAGCAACCGCAAAUUAUAAAAGCAAGUUCUGAACAACCGAAACUUAAGCAAGUGACAGCAAGUUCUGGAAGAAAGCAGCUGUCUGUACUGAAAGCAAGCAUCAGCAAGUGAAUCAAGGAAGGGGACAGCGUAAAGUAAGUCCGGAAAAUACUUUAAUCAAAAGAAGCAUUGUCAGUAAAACAGCAACUCUUAAAGAGAGAACAUGACUUAAUACCGUUCAGAAAAAAAAUGUACAAAGACAUGACUGAAUUGUUGAUUCCAAAAAAGCGUCUAUGAUGCGUAUUUCUAUCGUGGCCAUGUCCCGGAUUGUUGGCCUUCGUUGUACCCAACAAGAACAUCGUUACUCCUGCUUUUGUCACUUACACCCUUAUCGGGUUUCCUGAAAUAAUGAUCAAAGUGAGAACAAAACCAGAAUCCACACAACGAAACAGUGAUUAAGUUUGAUAUACUUUCAUUUCCAGUUGUAUAGGUUAAAGAUGAAUCUAUGAGACGUCUAACAUUGUAUAUGUCAUAGAAUUAAGAGAUGAUGUGUAAAGUAUAAUUAUAAUGGCAAGUUUAUGUUGUAUUGUUCAGUUAAUCGAACCGGUUAUUUAUAUUUGUGGUGUAGGGUGUGUGUGUGUGUGUGUGCGUGCGUGCGUGCGUGCGUGUGUGUGUGAAUUAACUAAUAUUCAAAUAUUUCCUAUUCCUUGUUGGCAUAUUUUAUGUGUACCUAAUAUAAAGGUUGGCAUAUGUUUGCAUGUUUGUAUAAAUGUGUUUACGCGUGUGUGCGAGCUUGCGUGCGUGUGUGCGUCCGUCCGUACAUAUGUAUGUGUAUGUGCGUGCGCAUGCGUGCGAGCUUGCGUGCGUACGUGCGUGUGUGAGUGCAUGCAUGUGUGCGUACGUGCGUGCAUGCUAGCAUGCGUGCGUGCUAACGUGUGUGCGAGUUUGUGUGUGUGCGUGUGUGUGUGUGUGUGUGCGUGUGUGUGUGUGUGUGCACGCGCAUGUGUGCGUGCGUUUGCAUGUGUGCAAAUGUGUUUGUGUGUGUUGAAAUAACCUUGAGAUGAACAUGUUCAAGUCUUAAUCUGUGGAAUGCAACAUGUAUAUUUGAUGUAAGUGAUGAGUUUGUAUGAAAUGAAAUAAAAACGAACAUU